CUUCGGUUCUUAUACAAGCAAGUCAAGGAAACCUGCUAGAGGAGUUGCACCUUCGGUUCUUGUACAAGUAGGUCAAGGAAACAUGCUAGAGAAGUCGCUCCUUCGAUUUUGGGAAAGAGAGUAUCGUGAUUCACAGUCCGCAAGACGUCGACAUCACAAUAUAUAAAUGAACGCUUGCUCUUCAAAACUUCUCUCUCAUCGACACACAAAAAAAUCAACACCUUCUGCCAACCCCUCUCAGCACAGCAUGGCAAGAAGAAACAAAGUUCAUAGCUGCCACAAGGAUGAUUGGAAGAGAGACAUACUUCUCUUAACGUGUACCUUACGGCUGCGUCUCCAACCUGUUGUCCCUUAUUCCGACAUUGCUGAACUUUUUUUGCUCACAAUCUCGACUCGCCUUGCAAGUCUUACUUAUGACAGUAUCGCAUUAGCGAUGAACACAGCUUCGAAUACCACAUUGCCCAACGUUAAACCAUCCAACUUUGACUCAUUGUUCUCGUCAUUCAGCACUGCGUCGUCCAAUACCAAAUCGUCCAACACUGAAUCGUCCAACGCUACGUUGUCCAACCCUAUGUUAGCGAAUACUAUAUCGGCUCAUACGAUAUUAGCGAAUUCUAUUUCGACAAAAAUGCAACCUCCUUGUGACGACAAUAGCGAGAAGUGGAUGAAGGAUUGGUUGGUGCAGUACCUCGAGAAUGACUUCAAGGGAGCGGAGUUCAGGGGUGACCAGACAUGGUGGAAGGCUAGGGAUAUGGACUCGGAGGUUGUUGGAGAGAUGAUAAGGGCUGCUGGGUUGGACGGGAGGGGAUACGUAUUGGCUGCCAAGGAGGAGGUGGAGUUGCAGAUUCGAUGGCGGAGGGAUCGAAACUGGCGGGCAGGUUCAGUGCCUGAGGGGCCGAAUGGAUUUGUAAAGCAUGGUGUGGGAACAAUCGGGGGCUGUUGAAGCUUGACUGUCCAUGGAGGUUGCCGUACAGUGAGUGCAAGGAAUAUUAAAUGUACCAGCUUGAUCUCGACGAAUUUGC